UGGCAACAGCCCCUGGCCUAGUUCCUGAUUGUCAACCAACGUGAGCACAGACUUGAGUGAAGUUCAAUAGGUUUCCUUCACUUCAGGACAAAAUGCCUAAAAAGAAACUAUCUCAGAAAGAUCUGCUAAAGCCUGCACAGACAGAGAAUAAAGCAGCGAGUUCAAUGCUACAGAAUAUGGCAUCAGCAGAGUUGAGCCCAAUGAUGUCAAAGAAAAGAACCUUGAGAGAAGCUGUCAAUGAAAUCAGGCAAAAAUCUCCUGCCUCACCAAAGCUCAGGCUGAUUUCUGCUCUUCAAAAAGCAUCUUCAAUUCAACAUGCUGUAUUUAUGAAUGAAGGACUGAGUAAAAAGGUUACUGAAAGCUUGUCAUCUCAGGAUGUAAGAGAUCUUCAUCUGGUAUUUGACGUGUUUGAUGUUGAUAAGAGUGGUUACAUUGAUUAUGGAGAGUUGAGAAAAGCAUGUAAAAUACUUGGUUUUAAUCUAAAGAAGGAUGAAAUACAAAGAAUGCUUGCAGAUUUGGAUGUUGAUAAGUCAGGCCAAAUUGACUUCAAUGAAUUUCUAGAGUUUAUCAUUUCAAGACAAGGUGAUGAUAGGGACAUAUUCUCUGAAAUAAAUCAAGGUUUUAAACUUUUUAAUAAAUCUGGAACUGGUAAAAUCACUUUUGAAGAUUUGAAAUGGGCUUCAAAAGAGACUGGUGUGAAUCUCACAGACAUUGAUAUAAAGGGUAUGAUAUAUGAGGCUGAUAAAGAUGGCGAUAAUGAAAUCAAUCUUGAUGAAUUUAUAAGCAUCAUGUUGCAGACCAACCUUUUCUAUAGUUAGGAUAAACUUCACCCAUUCCAUUAGCAGGUAUGAUACUAAGAUUUUUAGAAAUGGGCACAAGAGACAUAGAGUAACGGGGGAGGGCUGAGGAUAGGGCUGAGGGGAGGGCUGAAGUCAAACUGUAGUUAUUUUAAAACAGUGUACUGCAUGGGAAGCAAUACAAUGGGCAGCCCUCAAUACGAAUUUUGUUCUGUCGGCAUUGAAACUAUAUAGUCCCUUGCUUCAAGGUGCCAAUUUGGUAAUAUUAGAUACAAGGAGAUAGUUAUAGAACAGGGAGUAUUAAGAGAAGGGGACAACAAUAAAUUGCUCGAGAGAUAAAAACAAAUGCCUUUUGUGUUUAUCAGUGUUAAUUGUAACAGCUUCUUCAAAAAAUUUUUUUUCAUUGAAAUAUGGGCCAUUUUCCUUGUUAUCUUUGUUUUUGUUCCGAUAAAUUUCCCUGAAAUCCUGCAACUGAUAAAACAGUGACAUUAGACAGUGAGGAUAUUUGUUUCACUUAGCUGAAAUAAACAUAAAAUACCAAUUUAAUGGGAGGUGUUUGGUUCAAAGAGCAGGAGCAUGAAAUGGAGGAUUAGCUUUAAUGAUCUGGAACAUGCAACACAAGCAGUCACUUUCAUUCUAAGCCCCUUUUAUCUUUACAGGUUUCAAUCCUGUUUUAUUAAGUUUUAUGAAGUGUACAUGCAGUAACCAUGACUAUAAAGAGUUGUGUUACAUGUAUAACUAUAAAAACCUUUUUUGACAUUGCACAUGUUGAUUGUUUGUAUUAAUGUAUAGUUGCCUUUUGUAAAUGAAUAAUUCUUAUUUUAGUAUUGAAUUAAAGCAA